CCCACUUGUGUCGGUCUCGCUCGCCCUCUUCUUAAACCCUAGCCGCUUCCUCAGUUCUUAUUUCAAACCCCUGAACCCUAAAACCCUCUCCUCUCCACUCUCUCAACUCAGUCCUUCUUCUUCCUCCUCCAGUCUCAUUUGAUUAAAAUGGCAGCCGCAGGAUUCAGUAUCGCCGGUCUCCAAAUCUAACGGUCAUGAUUUAAAUUUACGAAACACUUUCACAAAUUCUGUAACAGGUUCUCCUUCCACCUUCACAAUCACCGGAGUUAUGGGCAAGUCUAGUAAAAAGGUUGAGGCUGCUCCCGCUAUAGCUGUUGCCGCCAAGCCGACUAAGAAAGGAGGCAAGAGGCAGGCUGAAGAAGCCUUGGAGAAGGUUGUUGCUUCGAAGAAGCAGAAGAAAGAAGAAGUUGUUCCACAAGUCGUUCAGAAGGAGAAAUCUAAAGUGAAGACCCAGAAGAAGAAGAAAGAGGAAACAAGUAGUUCUGAAGAUGACUCUUCUUCUGAGGAAGAACAAAAGGUUACUGUAACGAAAAAGGUUACCCAAGCUAAGCUCCCUGUCGAUGAAUCGAGCAGUGACGAAUCCUCUUCAUCUGAUGAUGAGCCUACUCCAGCAAAGAAGCAAGCACCUGUUAUAAAUGGGAAGCCUGCUGCUGCUGUGAAGAAAGCUAAAGUGGAGAGUGAGAGUUCCGAGUCUGAUUCUGAUUCAUCAGAAGAUGAGAAGCCUGCUACUAAGAAGGGACAAGCAGCUGCUAAAACCGGCGUUGCUGCUGUGCCUGCCACAAAAGCCAAAGUAGCUGAAAGCAGCAGUGACGACUCUUCCGAGGAGGAUUCUGAUUCAGAUGAGGAGCCUGCUGCCAAAAUAGCUGUUCCUGCUAAGAAGCAACCUGUUGUUGCAAAGAAUGGGUCUGUUAGCACUGCUUCCAAGAAAGCAAAUGCAGCUGAAAGCAGUAGCUCAGAUGAAGAAUCUGAUGACAGUGAAUCUGAUGAAGAGGAGGCUGCUCCUGCGAAGGUAGCUGCUCCUGCCAAGACUGCUCCUGCACAAGCUGCAAAGAAAAAAGAAGAAUCAAGUGAGAGCUCUGAAGAAAGUGAUUCUGAUGAGUCAUCUGAUGAAGAUGAGAAGGCUGCAGCUGUCCCCAAGAAGGUUACUGCCCCUGCUGUCCCAAAGAAAGCUGAAUCAAGUGAUAGCUCCGAGUCUGAUAGUGAUUCUGAUGAAGAUGAGCCUGCUGCAGCCAAGCCAGCUGUUGCUGCAAAGGCUAAGGAAUCAAAGGAUGCUAUGGAUGUUGACGGUGGUGAUGAAGAUGAUAGCUCUGACGAAAGUGAAGAUGAACCUGCUGAUAAAAAGAGUAAGGCGACUGCUAAAAAGGAAAGCAGCAGCAGUGAAGAAGACAGUGAAAGCUCCGAUGAUGAGAGUGAAGAUGAAAAGCCUGUAAAAACACCUGCGAAAAAGGAUGUUGUGAUGGUUGAUGCUCCAAAGGAGCCCAAGACACCUGUUACUCCUAAUGACUCUGCUGAAGCUUGUACCUUGUUUGUUGGCAAUCUGCCUUUCGAGGUUGAAAGAGCUGAUGUAGAAAAUUUCUUCAAGGAUUGUGGAGAGGUUACAGAUGUUCGUUUUGCUAUGGAUGCUGAGGGAAAUUUCAGGGGGUAUGGACAUGUUGAUUUUUCUACAUCCGAGGAAGCAAAGAAGGCUCUUGAGAUGAAGAAUGGUGAGUCUUUGAACGGCAGGGGUCUUAGACUUGAUCUUGCUCGUCCAAGGGGUGAAAGGCAAACUCCCAAAGACAACAAUAGCUCUUUCCAGAAGGGCGGAAGAGGUCAACAAGGCCAGAAGGUAUUUGUUCGAGGGUUCAACACAUCACGCGAGGAGGAUGAGAUUAAGAAUUCUCUAUCCGAGCAUUUCAGCUCUUGUGGUGAAGUGACGUUUAUCAAGCUUCCAAAAGAUUAUGAGACUGGAGCCUUCAAAGGAAUGGCCUUUGUUGAGUUCUCUGAUACCGACUCUAUGAACAAAGCUUUGGAACUUGACGGAAGUGAUCUUGGAGGUGACUAUUUGACAGUACAGGAGGCAAAACCUAAACCAGAUGCUGAUGGCUUCAGUGGUGGUGGUAGGGGCUACGGAAGCGGAGGGGGAGGUAGGGGCUUUAGUGGCGGCCGAGGUGGAAGAGGAUUUGGUGGUGGACGAGGUGGUGGAAGGGACUUCGGUGGUAGGAGUGGUGGCAGAGAUUCCGGAGGACGUUUUGGUGGUAGACGUGGUGGUGGUAGAGGUGGUGACAGAGGACGUGGAAGGUCCAGUUUUACUCCUUCAGGUAAGAAAACUACCUUCAGGAAUGACGAUGAAUAGACCUGUCAAACGCGGAAGAGAAGGACUCUACAAUGGGUUUCUUUUCUUUCCCGAGUCUCGGUAGGAAGAAGUAUCUUUAUUGCUCGUGGUAGAGUAGAAAUUUCUGUUUCUGUGUGAACAAAACACUUGUUUUAGUUUUGUUUUUGAAGUCUUGGUGGCCGUUAAUGUUACCGUAUCUCUAUAUUUGUCAUUCGAGCAAAUAUUUAUUAUAUGCCCUCUUGAGAUGUUCUCUUUCAUUCUAUUGAGAGAAAUAUGGUUGUAUGACAAAAACUUCCAUUUUGUAAUGGUUAAUACAGUAGAAGAGUUUUCGUUGUCUCUUCUGAAUUUCACAUUGCUUAAUAUUGAUAGAGCUAUUCACAAUGAACUUUGCUUGAGGACCGCCCUGGACAUAUACGAAGCUGAGCUCCUGGCCAGGUUUGAGGACCUUAAUCCAUUCAGGCAACUCAUAGGUGUUCUUUUGUGGUAAUGGGUUGAGUCCCCAAAGGGAGCCUGAUAGGUUUUGCGCAACCAUCUUGAGGCCGGUGAUCGACUUCUGAGAUGUGUUCUUGAUAGUGACCUUGUGUCUGUAAUAUGUUGUGGAUCGUACAGUCCAUGUUUUAGCUAUGGAGUGCAGAAACUCCACUGGAACGUGUUCUUCCUCUGCUGCUGCUGUAACCUUCCUGGGUGCUUGUAGGUUCUUGUGAUAGGAUCCUGUUGGUGUUGUGUAGUGUGAAACUUGCGUGGUUUUUGGGUAGCGGCCUCCACUUCCUGAUGCACUCUGGAGCUUGGAGAAGAGACCAACAAGGGGAGCACUUGCACAAAGCGUCGGCUCAGUCUGCUCGUAGUUAGACCGUUGAUCGUUGAAGUUGUCAUUCUGAUCAGGUCCUCCCACCAGGGCCCCGUACACCACAUUGGGGUUCGCUUCUGGCCGACGAUACCAUGAGUCGAAGCCCUGAACACACUCGACAGUUGACCGGAGCAGGAAGAUGGAGGCAAUGGAAGCGCCUCUGUGGUGGACACGAAUUGGGUACUGUUGUCCAUAACCAACCACGUAGCUCAUGGAUUUUGGGUUCUUCCCCAACAUGUAAUCAGCCUGGGACUUGGCGAAAUCGAGAAGCUCCUGAGGUUGAACGACCUGGCCCUUGGGGCAGUUCAGCUUGGCGCCAUGGGAACUGAGGUAUUGGGAGUAGACAGCGGUGAGGAACGCCGCAGCAGGAGGCAUACUGCAGGUUGUUCCAUUCUCGUACGUACAUCAGGCCUCCUGGGGUUUUCUGGAUGUUGUAUAGCCAUCGUUCUUCUGAACACAGGAGCAGGCGAAGUAGUCUGCUUUUGCUUGGUAUUGCUUCAAUGUUGAUGCGUACUGGCUGCCGCGUCCUUCGAGUAGUAUCUUAGAGAGGAGGACUUGAACGCCUGCAUAUUUGUUGUCCCAAGAG